GACGGCAAACAAUACUUACAAAUGAACAAAAAAAUCAUUAACAAACUGAAAACAGCAUUAAAUAAUUAUUUGUAUUUUUUAUUACAAUCAAACAAAGUUACAAACAAACCCGUUGAAUAACCUACUUUGCGUACCUUCAGGUUGUAUGUGUAUGGUAAUCAGGUAUUAUCAGCUGAUAUCUCACCUUAGCAAUUUUUGUUGCGUGUGAGAUCUAAUCGACCUCAUCACCAGAACAAAAGAUAGAUAUUAUGUAUUGGUGAAGCCAGUGAUGUGAUCAACAACCACCGACAACAACAUGGUAAAAAUACGCAGUAUGCUCAAUGAGUAGUGCAUCAUUUAUUGGUUCGGAAAAAUUGCCCAGUUCAGUUCAGAUUAACCCAACAUAUCUGAAUCAAACAUGGGGCAAGAUAGUUUUGUCAGUGGUUAGGGUGUUUGACUCCCAGCGGAAAGGUUCUUGGUUCGAUCCCCCAUUUCUGAAGUGUCUUAAUAGGCAUCAUUCAGCAACAUGCCGCAACCACUGCUCUGUAAUUAGAUCAAUAACAGCAAAUAACUGCUAUCUGCUUUGGAUUAAAUCAUCUAGUAAAUUAUGAAAAUAGCAAAUAGUAAAUAGUCAUUGUGUUUGGGUGUAAUGUGUACUCAGCAGCAAGCCAAGCCAGCCAUCACCAUCGACCCGAAUGACCAGCCUUUCACUCUCGCCGAACACGUCUACGAGGACAUAUACUCCCGUCACGAAGAAAAUGUCGACAGAGUGCCUCCUCCUCUCCCCCCUCCUCCUUCCCCAAGGCCACGACCGAGGCUCCCGCCCCCUCCACCUUCAAAGCCGCUAAAUGUGAGGAGACUUCCUCACCAGACAUCAGCACCUGGUCUCCAGAACCCUGCCCCUGUGUAUGAAGAGAGGAAGGUCCCUCCUCCUCCUCCUCCCAAGACCUAUACGUACGCCAGUUUGCCCGAUCUUGCUGCUGGCUCUUCCUUAUUUCGCCCCCAGGCGUAUCUUCUGGCCAAUGAGUUGCCACGGCCAGACAUCACAACAGGAGGUCCUCGACGACCUGCCCCUCCUCGUCCUCCUCCCCCGGUCAAGAGGCCAUCACUGAAUUCCUCCCCAAACUCCUCCUACGUCUCCUCAUCUCUUUGUCCGUCCUCCUGCUCCUACUCCUCCCUGUACUCCUCCUCAGGCUACGGCGAGGAACCUGUCUACGAGGAGGUGGAGGAACCCGUUUACCUUGAACUCCUGCCCGACAGGAACAGGCGCUGCACAUACUUAGACGAUCUUUUAGAGGACAGGAAGAAUGUCGAUGUCUGUGAUAACAUGUCUCUUGGUCUCUAUGGCGUUGGUAGAGGUGACCAAACCAGAGCUGUCAUCCAAAAGGCCAUGGCAGUGGCCCUCAAACACAUCAAGUCCCUCCUGGACUCCCUCCAACAACGCGUCUCAGAGCUCACCGCCUUCUGCGACCGCCUUGACAAGAAGCAGAAGAAGAACAAGGCCAUGGGCAUCGCCGGAAGCACCACUGGCGCCGUGGGAGGGGUGGCGGCCGUGGUGGGCGUGGCCCUCGCUCCCGCCACCAUGGGCAUUUCCCUGGUUGUCACGGCGAUUGGCGCGGGCAUGGUGGCGACCGCCAGCGGGAUCGGGGCCCGCGCCGCCGUCGCCGACAAGAAGAAAGCGGCAGGAAGAACGAGGUUCGAGGGCAUCGUGCACGACUACACAAACGACGUUGUUGACAUGGAACGCUGCUCGCUGUUCAUCCGCGACUGGAUGGACAAGCUGAGGAGGGAUGACUGCAAAGUGCUCUGGGGACCGGAUGUCCGGCCAGAGGCACUGAGGAUUGCCGAACUAUCUCAGUUUAUGCUUGAGAAUGACAUGUUGAGUUCGUCAGGGAUGUCCACCGCGUCCAAAGGUCGGAUUUCGUCUGUAAAUCUGCUCCAGGCCUUUUCCGGAGAGUUGGAUUUGUAUUUCACCGAGAAGAAUGGUCAGAAGUUGAAAAAGUCAAAUGAGAUGAAGUUUGCAAGCAGAGUUCGACAUUUGGCAGAGAAUCUGCAGGAAGUGCUUGAUGAACUGUAUCUAAUGUGGGAAAAGAUUAGUGGUUAGUACGCCUGGCUUCCGUCCAUUCGAUCAUCCAUACUAGAAUCAAUCUAUGUAUUUAUAUGUUAUAAAGUUUAUACUUUCGAAGAAGCAACUUUAGACUAGAAAAAUGGGACUACACUUGAAUGGAUCAACUGAACCCAUCGUCACGUCCGCAGAACCAGCUUGAGAUGACAUGUGCUUUGUAACAUCAUGGCAUAAGCAGCUUGUUUCUCGGGAAAAACUUAAGAGAUGCUGCUGAGAUACCAAAAGCACACCGUCUAGCAGUUAAACUAAUUUAUAUCUGUCUACUACUCUUAUGUGUAUGGACACAUUUUCUGUGUAACAUUAUUUGCAUUAUUUGUGUAUCAUGUUUAUUUAUCAUGUUCAUCUUUUUUUAAUUAUUAAGUCAUACAUCCUACCCAUCGGAGCAACAACUGACCAUGUCUGUAUUAUUUCAUGCAUUGUGACUGCCACAUUAUUUUGAAAUAAAUGGCAGAAACUUAAA